UUUCUUGAUUUUGAAACAAGAUCCCUUAAUAAAAACAAAGCACUGCGGGCUGGAGAUGGAGUUUUCCUGGGGAAGCAGCCAGGAAUCCCGGCGUCUGCUGCUCUCACUUCUGUUCCUGGCAGCCUGGAAAGCAGGGAGCGGCCAGGUUCACUACUCAGUCCUGGAGGAGGCCAAACACGGCACCUUCGUGGGCCACAUCGCCCAGGAUUUGGGGCUGGAGCUGGCGGAGCUGGUGCCGCGCCUGUUCCGGGUGGCGUCCAAAGGCCACGGGGACCUUCUGGAGGUAAAUCUGCAGAAUGGCAUUUUGUUUGUGAAUUCUCGGAUCGACCGGGAGGAGCUGUGCGGGCGGAGCGCGGAGUGCAGCAUCCACCUGGAGGUGAUCGUGGACAGGCCGCUGCAGGUUUUCCAUGUGGAGGUAGAGGUGAAGGAUAUUAAUGACAAUCCUCCUAUGUUCCCUGGAACACAGAAGAAUCUAUUUAUGGCAGAAUCCAGGCCUAUUGACUCUCGGGUUCCACUAGAGGGCGCAUCAGAUGCAGAUAUCCGGGCCAACGCUAUGCUGACCUACACACUGAGCCCCAAUGAGUAUUUCUCGCUGGAAAAACCGUCCGAUCAUGAGCGGGUGAAACGUCUUGGGCUACUGUUAAGGAAAUCUUUAGACAGGGAAGAAGCUCCGGAGAUUUUUUUAGUGCUCACUGCCACUGACGGCGGCAAACCUGAGCUGACUGGCACCGUUCAGUUACUCAUCAAAGUGCUGGACGCCAAUGACAACGCCCCAGCUUUCGACAGAACACUCUAUGCCGUGAAAUUACCAGAAAAUGUUCCUAAUGGAACGUCGGUAAUGAAACUUAACGCCUCAGAUUUAGAUGAAGGCUCGAAUGCGGACAUUAUUUAUUCAUUCUCAACUGAUAUUUUACCAAAUGUGGAAUCCAAGUUUCACAUAGAUCCACUUACUGGAGAAAUUAUGGUAAAGGGAUAUAUCGAUUUUGAAGAGAGCAAAUCCUAUGAAAUUCUUGUGGAGGGUAUUGAUAAAGGACAACCCCCACUCUCUGGCCAUUGUACAGUUAUGGUGGAAGUUGAGGACACCAAUGAUAAUGUCCCAGUAAUGGAAUUCAAGUCUUUGUCGCUCCCAAUCAGAGAAGACGCUCCAUUAGGCACGGUCAUCGCCCUCAUCAGCGUGUAUGACCUCGACUCUGGUGCCAACGGGCAGGUGACCUGCACCCUGUCACCCCACUUUCCCUUCAAGCUGGUGUCCACCUUCAAGAAUUACUAUUCGCUG